CUUUCGGGUGUGUUGGGUGUAUUUUUGGGACGCUGUCAAUUGAAUCAAUCGUCGUUCGUUUUCUUCAUUCACACGUCGCUCAUUUUUAAGGGUGUUCUACACUUUGACAACCCUUCUACCAAUAAGUUGCAGAGCGACACGUGGCCCAAUAAUGCGAGAGCUAUAACCGUCGGUACACCGCGCAAGAAUCGAUCGAUAAUCGAAGCAGAAGGGAACGAACGAACGAAUCGGUGGUGUGAUACUAGACAUGCGACUAAGGACGUGAUUCGUGGUCAGAGCAAAAGGCAUCGUUUCCCCGGUGAAAAGAAACAGGCGACACUCGUACGCGAAACAUUGAUCGUGAUUUUUACGGGCGAAGCAUGACCAGUUCGGCGCAAUGUUCCCCGUCUAGGUCGUCAUUGAGCUGUUGUCAAAUCGACCACACCAGCCACGACGACGUUCACGGAGUGACGAUCACCACGAAGGACAAUUAUUUCCUUCAGGAGAAACAUUCGUUUCCAAAGAGGCCCGAGGUGGAUCUCAGUUUCUACGACGUGAAGUACUCGGUAUCAGAAUGGCGACUUCGAAACUUCAGACCGACACAAAAAGAAAUCCUCCAUGGCGUGAGUGGCGAGUUCAAAGCCGGCGAGUUGGUCGCGAUAAUGGGGCCAUCUGGUGCCGGAAAGUCUACGUUGCUGAACGUUUUGGCCGGCUACACAGUGAAAGGUGUACAGGGAAAGAUCCUGGUGAAUGGAAAAGUUAGGGUACCGUACAGCGAGAGAUGGACAAUAGCUGCACACUUAAAGCUUGGCUAUACCAUUAGUUCAGCCUAUAAGCACACUCAAGUGUUGGAGCUGUUAGAAAUGUUAGGUUUGAGCCAUUGCUAUGACACUUUAUGCGGAAAGCUGUCCGGUGGACAGAAGAAGCGACUAGACGUCGCUUUGGAACUUUUAAGUAAUCCUUCAGUAUUAUUCCUCGACGAGCCGACAACCGGUCUGGACUCGUCCUCCUGUAGCCAGUGCAUCGCGUUGCUGAAGCGUCUCGCUAAAAUAGAAAGGCGCACGAUAAUAUGCACGAUACACCAGCCGAGUGCGUUGCUCUUAGAGAUGUUUGAUGCCAUUUACACGGUCGCCGGUGGAUAUUGCAUAUACAGGGGGCCGGUUAAAUCGUUGUUGCCUCACAUGUCCUCGGUUGGGGCUGAUUGUCCGCCUUACCACAACCCAGCUGACUUUCUUUUGGAAAUUGCGAUAGGAGAUUAUGGUAUCAGCGUGGACAAAUUGGCGGCUGCCGCUGAUACAAUGUGCAAAGAUGACAAGUCCGUUACGUAUACGAUGAAAGCCCAGUUAGACGAUAACACAAAGGAACCACCACCACCGGCAGGGUUCAUUGCUCAAUGUUACCUACUGUAUAAAAGGCAACUACUUUCCCUGAAGAGAGACUACACGUUACUGGUGGUACGUCUCUUGUGUCAUCUGCUAAUAGGGGUAAUCUUUGGCUACCUCUAUAUGGGAAGCGGUUACAGAGCCACUGGUGUCCUAGCUAAUUACGUUUACCUUUAUGGAUCAUUACUACUGAUCGUGUACACCGGCAAAAUGGCCGUUACUCUUGCCUUUCCACAGGAGAUGCGGAUUCUCUCGAGGGAACACUUCAACCGAUGGUAUCGGUUGGCGCCGUACUAUAUUAGUAUGCUACUAGUGGAAAUACCGUUCCAAACGUCUUGUGCAGCGACCUAUUUGGCCGUGAGUUACUGGUUAACAGGGCAACCCGUGGAAACCCCUCGAAUAAUUAGUUUUAUGGUCGUCAGUAUAGCCGCCAGCUUGACGGCACAAGCUUGGGGCUUUUUCAUCGGUGCAACAACACCAGUAAAGAUUGCGGUAUUCGCAGGACCCAUAAUCGCUGUGUUGUUCUCUGUAUUCGGAUUUUGUAUCCGUUACAUGGACACGCCGCAUAUGUUCCGCUGGAUGUUUCACAUAUCAUACUUUCGUGCCAGCUUUCACAGCCUCUUGCACACUGUCUACGGUUUCGAUCGAAUGGAUCUGAAGUGUGACGAUUUCUAUUGUCACUAUAAGAAACCUACCCAAUUCCUAAAAGAAAUGGACAUCGCGGACACGAGUAUCGCGAACAAUCUGAUUCUGACCGUCGGUAUAGGUGUAUUAAUGCAUUUAUUGACCGCUAGUGCUCUCUGGUGCAAACUUAACAGGAGAUAAAGAUUAUUAGACUUUUGAUUUCGGUGAUUCAGUAUUGUUCUUGGCCGAUUGCGGCUUGUUUGUCGUAAAGUUGGCGACGAAAGUGUUCCUCUGGGGCCUCGUGGAAACGGAUCAAUAAAACGUUGAAUUUUUGAUGUUGCAUUAACGUCAAUUUUCUGCCAACUACGAAUAUUAUCGUUUUUCUAUGAGUCAUCUUACUCGACGAAAAAAAAUGCUUAAAUUUCACAAAAUUGUCCAUUGAAAACUGUAAAGUAAACUUUUGCACUGUACUUACAGGGUAUGGAAAGACAUAUUUGAAAUCAACCACUAGUGGAUGUGUACUGAAAAUUUUCGGCAAUUCUCGAUGGCAAUGUGUUAACUUAAUCGUACUAUUAGCGAAUAAAACUUCUGAUUUUAGAUUUAUUAUUACACGUUAUCCCAUGAUUACCGUGUUACGGGACUAUUAACUUAUUACACAUUUUUCUAUCGAACAUAUUUCCUAUAUAUUAGAAACUUUCGUAAGUAACGAGUCACGAAAGCUUUAAAAUACCUGCGGUAAGCUGUUAUUCGAGGUGUUUAUAGGUAUUACGUGAACGUAAC